AUGGGCCGUAGGGUAGGUUUUCACUCGGUUUUCUCGUCUUUAUCCUUGAAAUCGUAUUGCAGGGCACCCGUAAAUAUGCCGAGAAGGCUCUGGAGAAGGCUGCUAAGGCCGCCGCUGGUCUGAAUAAUCAGGCCAAUGAGGAGAACAGCCAAAAGAUAAAGGAACGUGCCGAAACGUUUGCGUUGGGUAGAGGACUUUUUGCUUAGUCGAUCAAAAAUCAGCACACGAUUUUCAGCUGCUGCUAAGAACAAGCUCAAAAAUCUUAUCGAACGCAACCCGGAAACUGCUGCGGAUCUUUCGAAACUUCUGGAAGUGGUGACUGUGGAAACCGCAAAAGCGGUGAUCGAAGCCGACGAUGACGUGUUCACCCAACCGGAGGCCAUCGAGGGAUUGGGAAAGGCGCCCGUACCCGUACCAAAAGCUGACUCAAAUGGCGACUCGCAAGCCAGGUAAGUUUUUGACAGUCUUUUCUUUUGUUCCCUAACUAACAUGCCGAUUGUCCCGCAGAGAUAAUGUGACUGGAGCGCAAGUCGAAGUGGCCAAUAUUCCGCUCCCGGCGGUUCCGGUGAAUAAGGCAACUGCUGGCGAGAACCAAGUGUAAAGAGAAAAGGUGCCGGGCAAAAUCCACAAACAAACAUUUCAGCGUGGAGGAGAUCUUCACCUUGCCGGAACUCUAUUUGAACAGAGUCAAGAAUUUCGAGAUUACUCUCAAAAUGAUUGCCGAAAUGCGCAAAACGAAUCCUCGUGGAACCAUGUACGACAAAAUUUCUGCGAUAAUAAUUUGAUUGAAUGGUUUCAGCAAGAAUCUUCUGAGCAACACGGAAUCGCUGAUCGGUGAUCUGAAGAUUUGCUACGAACUCAACAAUGGGGAUGUUUUGACGCCAGAAGUGCCGUCCAAGCGCAGCCUGAGAAAGAAGAAGGCGGUUCCUGCGACAGAUCCGGCUGACAUGUACCUCAACGAAAGACUCGAAUGCUGUUGGUGAUGUGUUCAGCUGAUCGGAUAUAAUAUCAGUAUUCAGACGUUAAAAAAAUGGGAAACUUCUCGGAGUAUACCUUCGAAUUCGCGGUGGACGAUGAUAUUAUUGCUCAUUACCUUCCACAAGCGGAAGAGAUUGAUCUUCUCGGAAACAUGCGUCUCCACAAAUGGGCCGUUGACGGAAAAACUGCGAAAUGCGUAAGUUUACUGCAAAAAAUAAAGAAAAAAGUAGAAAUGGUUUCAGCUGCGAAUGGAAAUCUUGGAUAGGGAGAAGUACUACAAAAUCGCUAAAAUCUCGGGAGCCGCGCUGAACAAGCUUGAUUCGCUCUCCUAUCUUCUUGCCUACUUGAACCCGACAUACGAAAAGAAGACCGGGCCUUACGAAGAGGAGCACAUGAUGGAACUCAUUCUCAUGGACCAGUUCCCGAAUUUUUGUAAAGACCGCCAGAAUCGUUCCGGUUUUACUAAAUGAUUUCAGAUCCGUCUACCGCUCAGUUGAACGAGAUCAACAGACUGAAGAUGAAAGAAAAGAACAGACGCGACAGAGUUGGGGAGGGCAAAAUCGAAGGUAGAAACUGAAAAACCGUGUUUGGUAGAUUCAAAAAUGUUUAUUUUCAGGAGUCGCCAAGCCGUACACCUACCUCGACACCAUUGUCCUCAAAAUUGUACGUUUUCACGCUGAUUCAUAAGUUUAAUAAAUCCAUCAAUAUUUCAGCGCUCUCGCAACAAGAUGGCUCGCUUCUACUUCUUCCUGCUCGGCUACAUCCAUUACCAGGUCGUCGAGUUGACGAAACUCUACAAGUACGCUCGCGAGAUUACCGCGAAAAUGGUCGACGACACGCGCGACGCCUUCGAGAAGAGUCACGUUAUGUCCGGAAACGGACAAGUGACCAAAAAUGAUCCUUAA